AUGGCACAAGGAGUUGCCACUGAUGCUACUGCCAGGCGCGGUGGCCGAGGUAGCCGCGCUGGCAUACGUACCUAUCGCCUGUUGAUAUGCUUCAACCAAUCCAUGGAUCCAUCUGCAAGGCAAUCGGUCCUAUCACCUCAGGCGCCAAGCUUCCCAUCUAUCAACAUUCGGGACGCUACAUCCCAAUCCGCUCCUAUCAUCACCAGCCCGGCAGAACCUUUGUUUAUCAAGUUUGAGGAAAUGUUCUGUCGCCACCCAGUUCCCCCCGAGCAUGACUUUGAAGUCUCACUCGAUGAGUUGGAAGAGAUCUCAAGCGACGUCUGGAUAGAGCAAGGCCUAUAA